AGUGGGUGAUCGGAAGUGGGGAACAGACCCUGAGACCCCCAGGCUGUGAUUGUUGGCUGACAGACCUGGAGCUUCUGAGUCGGGGGUGAGGGGAGGACCCUGGACCGCAGAGGCCUUAGGCACUGUGGCCACUGUGCUGUUGACUCAGCUCCUACACACUUCCCUUUUCUGUCCCGAGCCCGGAGCACCAGCCCCGCACCAGCGCAGUGUGGUUCCCCCCAGCCUCCCAGCUGCUGUGUGCAGGGGCCGAGAGGGCCCAGGCCAAGGGCUGUCCCCUGGCUUUACAUCCUCUGUCCCAAGGCCCUGGGCAGUGUCUUCCACUUUUGGUCGCCUGCCCUCAGCUUCAGCAAUCUGAGCCCCACUCUGGUUCCUGAGAGCUUGGAAAUCUGGCGGGGGCGGGUGGGGCGGGUCUUGCCAGCCCCUGUCCUGUGUGCUACCCUCUCUGUACAGGGACUCCAGGGGUCUGAGGUGACCACUGAGGAAGGUCCUGGAAUAGGCAGGAAGAAAGGCAGCCCAUUUUCCCACCAUCUCGGGCUCUUGGGGAAGCUUAGGGACUUGAGGGGCAGAGGAGAGGAGACUUGACCUGCAGAGGCUGGGGCUGCAGGAGGAGGGAAGGCCGGGACAGGGAUGCCAGCCUCCGGGACCCCAAGGAAGGUACUCUGUGCCCCGUGUUGCCGGAGCCGGAAGACCGGUGUCGUGGCCAGAGGGUGGAGGGUGGAGCCAGAAGGGGCUCGGGAUGGGAGUGGGCAGUGGCCGCGGGCACUAGCCUAGGUUUUGGAGGGCAGCAUGAGGAAUAAAAGUCCGGCUUCCUGCUGGAAGGAAGGAGACCCGUGGGCUGAGUUUCCUUCCUCAAAGAGCCCAGGGAGGAGGAGUGACCAGGCUCUGGCCUCCCACGGGGACCCUCGAGUGGGGUCCUGACCUCUGGGUGGGGGGCGACAGUGGAGGCAUUCUGCCCUCCAGCCAAUCUGAGAAGGGGCUCUCCUGCCCCCCACCGUGACUGCCUAGCCCGCGACACCCGUUGUCAUGGUUAUCAGAGCAGCUAACUCCCAUGGAUUGGAACGCGCUGACCCGGGAGAAGGAGAAGAUGAAGGAAGCCAAGGACGCCCGCUACACCAACGGGCACCUCUUCACCACCAUCUCCGUGUCGGGCAUGACCAUGUGCUAUGCCUGCAACAAAAGCAUCACGGCCAAGGAAGCCCUCAUCUGUCCAACCUGCAAUGUGACUAUCCACAACCGCUGUAAAGACACCCUCGCCAACUGCACCAAGGUCAAGCAGAAGCAACAGAAAGCUGCCUUACUAAAGAACAGCACUGCCCUCCAGUCUGUUUCACUGCGCAGUAAGACCGCCCCCCGGGAGCGGCCGAGCUCCGCCAUCUACCCCUCCGACAGCUUCCGGCAGUCUCUGCUCGGCUCUCGCCGCGGCCGCUCCUCCCUGUCUUUAGCCAAGAGCGUCUCCACCACCAACAUCGCUGGACACUUCAGUGACGAGUCCCCCCUGGGGCUGCGCCGAAUCCUGUCCCAGUCCACAGACUCCCUCAACAUGCGGAACAGGGCCCUGUCCGUGGAGUCCCUCAUCGAUGAAGGUGCAGAGGUGAUCUACAGUGAGCUGAUGAGUGAUUUUGAGACGGACGAGAGGGACUUUGCGGCCGACUCCUGGAGCCUAGCCGUGGACAGCAGCUUCUUGCAGCAGCAGAAGAAGGAGGUGAUGAAACAGCAGGACGUCAUCUAUGAGCUCAUCCAGACGGAGCUGCACCACGUGCGGACGCUGAAGAUCAUGACGCGCCUCUUCCGCACGGGGAUGCUGGAAGAGCUGCAGCUGGAGCCCGGAGUGGUCCAGGGCCUGUUCCCUUGCGUGGAUGAGCUCAGUGACAUCCACACACGCUUCCUGGGCCAGCUGUUGGAGCGUCGGCGCCAAGCCCUGUGCCCCGGCAGCACCAGAAACUUCGUCAUCCACCGCCUGGGGGACCUGCUCAUCAGCCAGUUCUCAGGUGCCAGCGCAGAGCAGAUGCGGAAGACCUACUCCGAGUUCUGCAGCCGCCACACCAAGGCCUUAAAGCUCUAUAAGGAGCUGUAUGCUCGGGACAAACGCUUCCAGCAGUUCAUUCGGAAGGUGACGCGUUCGGCCGUGCUGAAGCGGCAUGGGGUGCAGGAGUGCGUCCUGCUGGUGACCCAGCGCAUCACCAAGUACCCGGUGCUCAUCAGUCGGAUCCUCCAGCACUCCCACGGGACUGAGGAGGAGCGCCAGGACCUGAGCACAGCACUGGGGCUGGUGAAGGAGCUGCUAUCCAAUGUGGACCAGGACGUGCACGAGCUGGAGAAGGGAGCCCGCCUACAGGAGAUCUACCACCGUAUGGACCCCCGGGCCCAGACCCCCGUGCCUGGCAAGGGCCCGUUUGGCCGAGAGGAGCUUCUGAGGCGCAGGCUCAUCCAUGAUGGUUGCUUGCUCUGGAAGACGGCGACGGGCCGCUUCAAAGAUGUGCUAAUGCUGCUGAUGACAGACGUACUGGUGUUCCUCCAGGAGAAGGACCAGAAGUACAUCUUCCCUGCCCUGGACAAGCCCUCGGUGGUAUCACUGCAGAAUCUGAUUGUACGGGACAUCGCCAACCAGGAGAAAGGGAUGUUUCUGAUCAGCGCGGCACCCCCUGAGAUGUAUGAGGUCCACACAGCAUCCCGGGAUGACCGCAGCACCUGGAUCCGAGUCAUUCAGCAGAGCGUGCGCGUAUGCCCAUCCAGAGAGGACUUCCCACUGAUUGAGACAGAGGAUGAGGCCUACCUACGUCGAAUCAAGACGGAGCUGCGACAGAAAGACCGGGCGCUGGUAGAGCUGCUGCAAGAGAAGGUUGGGCUGUUCGCCGAGAUGACCCAUUUCCAGGUGGAAGAUGAUGGCGGCGGGGUGACCCUGCCCACCCUGCCCAGGGGCCUCUUCCGCUCCGAGUCCCUGGAGUGCCCUCGCGGGGAGCGGCUGCUGCAGGACGCCAUCCGUGAGGUGGAGGGCCUGAAGGACCUCCUGGUGGGGCCCGGCGUGGAGCUGCUCCUCACGCCCCGGGAACCAGCCUUGCCCGUGGACCCGGACAGCGGCGGGAGCACGAGUCCUGGGGUCACCGCCAAUGGUGAGGCCAGAACCUUCAAUGGCUCGAUUGAACUCUGCAGAGCUGACUCCGACUCCAGCCAGAAGGAUCGGAACGGAAAUCAGCUGAGGGCUCCCCAGGAGGAAGCGUUACAGCGAUUGGUCAAUCUCUAUGGACUUCUGCACGGUCUCCAGGCGGCUGUGGCCCAGCAGGACACCCUGAUGGAAGCCCACUUCCCCGAGGGCCCCGAGCGGCGGGAGAAGCUGACCCGAGCCAACUCCCGCGACGGGGAGCUCGGCCGCAGCGGGCCGGCCCCCGCGGCCCCCGACAAGCAGGCCACCGAGCUGGCCCUGCUGCAGCGUCAGCACGCGCUGCUGCAGGAGGAGCUGCGGCGCUGCCGGCGGCUGGGCGAGGAGCGCGCCACCGAGGCGGGCAGCCUGGAGGCCCGGCUCCGCGAGAGCGAGCAGGCCCGGGCCCUGCUGGAGCGCGAGGCCGAGGAGGCGCGCAGGCAGCUGGCCGCCUUGGGCCAUAGCGAGCCCCCUCCGGCCGAGGCCCCCUGGGCCCGCAGGCCCCUGGACCCUCGGCGCCGCAGCCUCCCGGCCGGAGACGCCCUCUACCUGAGUUUCACGCCCCCGCAGCCCAGCCGAGGCCACGACCGCCUGGAUUUGUCUGUGACCAUUCGCUCUGUCCAUCGACCCUUUGAGGACCGAGAGAGGCAGGAGCUGGGCAGCCCCGAGGAGCGGCUGCAGGACAGCAGUGACCCCGACACGGGCAGCGAGGAGGAGGGGGGCAGCCGCCUGUCCCCUCCCCAUAGUCCGCGAGACUUCACCCGAAUGCAGGACAUCCCGGAAGAGACAGAGACUCGCGACGGGGAGCCUGUGGCUUCAGAGAGCUAAGGGGGCCCCUCCCCCGUCCUGUGCCCCCAUGAAGAACACACCGAGGGAGGCAAACUCUGGGGACUCCAAUCCGCCAAUGAUGAGGGAACAUUAGAACUGCUGAUUGUCCUUGCCAGCUCUUGGGCUCCUUGGACACCUGGGGCCGCUUAGGAAGCUGGAGGAAUUGGGCCGCAGUGCCCCCUGGUGGCAUCCAGAAGCUACACCACAGAUGCCAGUUUUUCAUGCCUUCUUCCCUCUACUUUAGGAAAAUUUAUUUAUUUAUUGUUUAUUAGUGACGCAGGGAGUGGGGAGAUUUAGAGCACCAGGGACAUGGGAACCAAGCCAUAGGGAUCAGGGGGCCUUGUCCUGUAACACUACUGGGGUUUAUUCAGGCUUAACCGUGCCGCUGCUGGGUUCUAACCCUGACGCCCCUCCUGGGCAACACCGUCUGUGAGGAGGGGCUGCACCGCAGGACCCUGCUGCCCCCCCCCCCCCCCAAGAGGGGCUGUGGGCAGGGCCACGCCCCUCUCCCUCCCCCUCAGCCUCGCACUGCUCUUCUCCCUUGUCCAUCCUCCCCGGGAGCCCCAGGGAGACCGCCUGACUUCCGGAGCUGAUGGAGGAGGGGCUGAGGUGGCCCUAACGGCUUUGUUGGGGGGUGAGGGGAAAACCCAUGGGACCAGAAUGUUUUUUUGUUGUCGUUGUUUUCUUUUUUGUACCAAAGCCAACUGCACGUGUUUUCUAUUUUUAAGAGAUGAUUUUAGGCAAUUAGAAACCACAGCCUUCUAUCUCCGAUUAUCAGAAGAGCUUGAGGGGUGGGGGGACCAUAUCCUCAUCUACAGUAAUGGGGGACCUAUUCUGACCUCUUCUCCAGCCGUUUGGGAAAAAUGUUCUAGGGUGAGUUGGGAAAUCUCCGUGAAGCCUGACCUCAUCCCCACCUCAGCAACCGGGACUGAAACCUCAGUGUGAAUUUUGGGGAUUUUUCAGUGGACCCCCAGUGCCCACCAGCCCCAGCCAUUUUCUGCCAAUUUGAUUGUUAAAAAAAGAAAAAAGAAAAAAAAAGAUAAAGCAGGGAAAAUUAAAGACCUGGAACCCCA